UGGUUGGUCUUACGUGCGGGCGGGUCUGUUUUUUCAACUUCCCCUUUCCUCUUUCUCCUAUAAUCCUUUUUUUUCCAUGAAUUUUCCAUGAAAUUCAUCUUCUUACUUUGUAAUUUCCACACCUUGUCUAAGAAGAAGACGACGACUACGCCAACGAUAAAGAGCAAGAAGAGGAAGAAGAGGUAGUUGAAAAACGAUGAAGAUGGUGACGCGUGUGUUCAUGACCGAUGAUGAUUCUCAGUCACUCUGCUUUGUUUGUUUCCUACUCUUCGUUUUGAUCACAGCCAUAGCAGUAGCUGGAGAUUCUCUUGACAGUGAUAGAGAAGUCUUGUUAAGCCUCAAAUCUCACCUUGAAUCCCUAAACCCAACGAACAGAGGAGUGUACACUCAAUGGUCAACAGAGAAGCAAGACGUGUGUAAUCAAUGGCCUGGUAUCUCAUGUAUGCCUCAGGGAAGUAGAGUCACAGGGAUCAACCUAAGUGACUCCACCAUCUCAGGUGCUCUAUUCAGUAACUUCUCCUCCUUAACACAGCUCACGUUUCUUGAUUUAUCAAGGAACACAAUCGAAGGAUCAAUACCAGAUGACCUGAGCCGUUGUAAAAACCUGAAACAUCUCAAUCUUUCUCAUAACAUCCUUGUUGGGGAGCUUACCAUAUCAGGACUAUCAAAUCUUGAGGUUCUUGAUCUCUCAGUGAACAGAAUCGCUGGUGAUGUUCACUCCACUUUCCCAACGCUCUGUAACCGUUUGGUUGUUGCAAAUCUAUCCACCAAUAACUUCACUGGCAGAAUGGAUGACAUCUUCGAUGGUUGUCGGUAUCUCAAGUACGUUGACUUCAGUUCCAACAGGUUCAGUGGAGAGAUAUGGAGUAGUGUUGGGAGACUGGUCCAGUUCUCAGUCUCUGAGAAUCAUCUUCUCUCCGGGAAGAUCACACCUACAAUGUUCAGAGGGAAUUGCACUUUACAAGUGCUGGACUUGUCUGAAAACGAGUUUGUUGGGGAGUUUCCGGGACAAGUCUCGAAUUGUCAGAGCCUGAAGGUGUUGAAUCUGUGGGGGAAUAACUUCACUGGGAACAUUCCAGCUCAGAUAGGCUCUAUAUCUUCUCUCAGAGGCUUGUACUUGGGGAACAAUAAGUUUUCUAGAGAGAUACCUGAAACUCUACUAAACUUGACCAACUUGAUCUUUCUUGACUUGAGUAAGAACAGUUUUGGAGGAGAUGUACAAGAAAUCUUCGGGAGAUUCACUCAAGUGAAGUAUCUAGUUCUCCAUGGGAACUCAUACGUUGGAGGAAUCUACUCUUCUAACAUCCUCAAGUUACCUAAUCUUUCAAGGCUAGAUCUUAGCUUCAACAAGUUCUCAGGCCCGUUACCUCCUGAGAUCUCUCAGAUGCAGAGUUUGAAGUUCUUGAUUCUUGCUUUUAAUAACUUCAACGGUGAUAUACCACAAGAGUAUGGGAACAUGCCGAGUCUUCAAGCACUUGAUCUCUCAUUUAACAAGCUGACCGGUUCUAUACCAUCUUCAUUUGGAAAUUUGAAGUCUCUUCUAUGGCUAAUGCUUGCAAACAACUCUUUAUCAGGAGAGAUCCCUCGUGAGAUUGGGAACUGCUCUAGCCUUCUGUGGUUUAACGUGGCGAAUAAUCAGCUCUCUGGUGCGUUACAUCCUGAGCUGACUCAAAUGGGUAGCAAUCCUUCUCCAACGUUUGAAGUGAAUAGACAAAACAAAGACAAUAUAAUUGCUGGUUCUGGUGAAUGCUUGGCGAUGAGGAGAUGGAUACCUGCAGAGUUCCCUCCUUUCAAGUUUGUAUACGCAAUCCUUACUAAAAAGAGUUGUAGAAGCUUAUGGGACCAUGUUCUCAAAGGGUAUGGUUUGUUUCCUGUCUGCUCUCCUGGCUCCACGGUCCGGACGCUUGAUAUCUCUGCUUAUCUUCAGCUCAGUGGGAACAAGUUAACCGGUGAGGUUCCUGAAAACAUCUCUCGGAUGAAGAAGUUGAGUAUGCUUCAUUUGGGGUUCAAUGAGUUCCAUGGGAAGUUGCCUAAGGAGAUUGGAGAGUUGCCUCUUGCGUUUCUCAACUUGACUAGAAACAACUUCUCAGGACAAAUACCUGAAGAGAUAGAGCAUCUCAAGUGUCUGCAGAAUCUUGAUCUGUCUUAUAAUAACUUCUCAGGAAACUUUCCAACGAGUUUGAAUGACUUGUCUGAGCUGAGUAAGUUCAACAUCUCAUACAACCCUCUCAUUACUGGCGUCAUACCAUCCACAGGACAGCUCACAACCUUUGAGAAAGACUCAUUCCUUGGGAAUCCUUUACUCCAGUUCCCAAGUUUCUUCAACCAAUCAGGGAACAACAACAAGACAAGGACUCAGAUUACAAACCAAAAGCUAGGACACAGACCAGGAACUAUCCUUGUGGUUUGCAUCUCCUCUGCUCUUGCAUUAGCCUUCAUCGCCUGUGUAGUGAUAGCAAGCAUCAUUGUCAUGGUUGUCAAGAGUUCAAGGCAAGCUGAAACAGAUCUCUUAGACGGUUCCAAAAUCAGACACGACACCACUUCCAGCUCUGGUGGUUCAUCUCCAUGGCUGUCAGGAAAAAUCAAAGUCAUUCGGUUAGAUAAGUCCACAUUCACAUACGCUGACAUUCUCAAAGCGACCAGUAACUUCUCUGAGGAGAGAGUAGUAGGUAAGGGAGGAUACGGAACUGUUUAUAGAGGCGUGUUACCUGACGGAAGAGAAGUCGCAGUCAAGAAGCUACAAAGAGAAGGCACAGAAGCAGAGAAAGAGUUCAAAGCAGAAAUGGAAGUUCUAAGCGCUAAUGCCUUUGGUGAUUGGGCGCAUCCGAACCUCGUGAGACUCUACGGAUGGUGUCUUGAUGAGUCGGAGAAGAUCUUGGUGCAUGAGUACAUGGGUGGUGGGAGCUUAGAGGAGCUCAUCACAGACAAAACAAAACUUCCAUGGAAGAAACGUAUUGAUAUAGCCAAAGAUGUGGCUCGUGCCUUAGUGUUUCUACACCAUGAAUGCUACCCUUCGAUAGUUCACAGAGACGUGAAAGCAAGUAACGUUCUCUUGGACAAACACGGAAACGCUAGAGUUACAGAUUUUGGACUAGCGAGGCUCUUAGACGUUGGAGAUAGUCAUGUGAGCACUGUGAUUGCUGGGACUAUUGGCUAUGUAGCUCCUGAGUAUGGACAGACUUGGCAAGCUACUACGAGAGGAGAUGUUUAUAGCUACGGAGUGUUGAUAAUGGAACUUGCAACGGGGAGAAGAGCUGUUGAUGGAGGUGAAGAGUGUUUGGUUGAAUGGGCUAAAAGGGUGAUGACAGGUAACAUGACAUUUACAGUUAAAGGCUCACCGUUUACUCUCUCUGGGACAAAACCAGGGUAUGGAGCUGAGGAGAUGACUGAGUUAUUAAAAAUUGGUGUGAAGUGUACAGCGGAUCAGCCUCAGGUGAGACCAAACAUGAAAGAAGUUUUGUCUAUGUUGGUUAAAAUCUCCGGUAAAACUGAGCUCUUCAAUGGUUUGUCUUCACCACAAGUUUACAUAGAAAUGUAA